CUCGGCUCUGGACGCACGUUGCCACAGCCUUUUGUUUUCGGGCAGAGAGCUUAGUGGCGCUGAGGGUGUCCACCAACUGGAUUGCAUUGCCCCUCUUAUCCCACUGUACGGAGUAGGAGUCUCUAAUGCUCGAAGCCGGCCACUUGCUGCCUGGCGUUUAGUAUAGCGCCCACACUGGAGACAUUGCAUCCGAAGUUGGGGCGACGAGCGUUCGCGGUUACGCGGAGCAGAGCAGAAGUUAAGAGGGGGGCACCUGAAUUGAAGAGGGAUAUAAAGAACGCAUAUAUCGCUUGUGCACAACCCUGGUCUUUGGUCAGAAAAUGAAGAGAUUGCAUAAAUAAGAAAAAUACCAUUCAACUUUCCCCUGCGGAUGCCUUGUCAAGCUGACAGAUUCUGAAAACUGAAAUCCGGGCAGCAUGCUGAGGAAGGCUGUCUGCGGAGCUUCUUUAUCGGGUUGCGUUGAGUCUUCUUAUGGGAGAGGGUCCCGUGGAGGCGAUGAUGUUCUUCUUGUCCUCAUGAUACUGGCCAACGAAAUCUGCUCAGACUUGAAUGUAGCGCUCGGGUGCCGAUGACCUCCUUUCGACUGGACUCCCCCAAGGAUAAUUGGAUGAGAAAACUAAUAAAGAAGUGAGCAGAUUUAUCCUUAUACGUUGAAAGAAGAAGAAGAAACCAUAUGGCUUUCGGUUUAUGGAGCAGCUGGGUCCUGUAGCUCCUGUAAUUACUCUUGCACUGGUAAUAUACAGCUCCUUUAUUUUUGGCUGGAGGGGAUUUACAAGCAAGAACAUCGUGAAUAUGAGCUUUUGCGUUGAAGCUGAUAUAAAAAGUGAAACAACACAAUAAAUCUGUAAAUGUGUCUUUGUCCGUCCCUUAAUUUCUUAAAGCUCAACUGCCCCACUGCCAUUGGUGGGCCUCUUUAUCGACAUCAUUCACCCUCAUGUUUCGGGAGAGGGUGCAGUUUUUCUUAUGGCCCAUGAUAUCUGUCAUUGCUUGAUUUGGAUAUAGGAAGAAAUAUUUUAUUAUUAUCGAAGGUUUUUCUUUUCUUUUAAUGACCCCAAAAUAACGAAAAAAUCUGGACUAGUUCUACAAGAAAGAAUUGAGUUAUGGGCACAUGUCGCCCACCACCUUGAAUGGUGGAUAAUGCUUUCUCAGCCUUGGAUGCCCAUUGGAUUUUGGACUGGGAUAUUCUGAAUAGCAAUAUUCAUGGAAUUUUUUUGGGGUCGUUCGUGGCUGCCUAACCUCCUCUGGAUGCUAUGAUUGAAGGAAAUGUGUUGCUCGGAGACCGGGACAAGCUUCAUGGGUUCUCUGUUUUCAAAAGAAUUAUACUGACGCGCCGAGAGCGGCUGGUGAUUUUACAGUGUGCUGUUGCUACUGCUGCGUUUUCAUCUUUUCUUUUACUCGUUUUUUUUCUCCUGGGAACACUGUAGGAUCCAGUUUUUCAAGGGGGAUGACCAGCUGUCAGUACCCAACCCCAUCUCCGGAUCGGGACAGGAUGUACCAGCACAAAGUGUCACUGGUGGUCCGUUAUUUCAUGAUCCCCUGCAAUAUUUGUUUGAUUCUACUUGCCACGUCCACUCUUGGGUUUGCAGUACUACUCUUUCUAAAUAAUUAUAAACCUGUUCAUUUCCCACCAACUCAGCCACCGGAUGUGUGUCGAGGAAUGCUGUGUGGCUUUGGAGCCGUCUGCGAGAAGGAUGCCACUGACCCCUCUAAAGGAACCUGUCACUGCAAGAAAAUAGUUUGCCCUUCUGUUGUGGCACCAGUCUGCGGAUCUGAUUAUUCUACCUACAGCAAUGAGUGCGAGCUGGAGAAGGCUCAGUGCAACAAUCAGCGAAGGAUCAAGGUGAUCCGAAAGGGGCCAUGUGCCUCGAAAGAUCCAUGUGCCAAAGUGAACUGUACCUAUGGCAGCAGCUGUAUCCAGUCAUCUGAUGGCCAUUCAGCAAAAUGUGUUUGUCCAACAUCCUGCGCCCUGCAACACGAGAAGAUUGUUUGUGGCAGUGAUGGAAAAGAUUACAGAAAUGAGUGUGAACUUAAUAAGUAUGCCUGUGACAACCAGAAGAACAUCAAGAUGAUGUUUCAGAGUCCCUGUGAUACCUGCAAAGACCAACAGAAUAAUUUCAGUAUCUCUUGUCGAGUAAAUCCUCGGAGUCGGGCACGCAUGAUCUUGGAGCGUCCAGAGACAUGCCCCCCUAAAAACGACCCAUUGUGUGCCUCAGAUGGAGAGACUUACGAGAAUGAAUGCAGGAUGAUGCGCUCAAGUCGGAUUAAAGGGGUAGAACUUCUCAAGAUCCACUCUGGCCGAUGCCAGCCUCAGGAUAAGUGCACAGAAGAAUGUAAAUACAAUGCAGUUUGCCUUAACCGAAGACUAAUGCCUCGUUGCUCCUGCGAUGGCUUUGAGUGUGAUGGCUCAUUCCGACCCUUGUGCGGCCGGGAUGGCAAGACCUAUAACAAUGACUGUGAGCGCAAAAAAGCUGAAUGUCAUCAGAAAAGGGAUAUUUAUGUCAAGCACGAAGGACCGUGCGACCUUGAUGUUCCAAGCCCAUGCCACAAAAAGACAUGUGAGUUUGGCUCUGUCUGUGUGGUGAAGAAUAACGAAGCUGUGUGUGAGUGUCCCGAUGUGUGUACCCAGCCACCUGACACCAUCUGUGGUGAUGAUGACCAGACGUAUGGCAACAAAUGUGAGAUGGAAGCAAUGAGCUGUGUGUUCCAGAAAGAAAUAAAAAUCAAGCACAAAGGACCCUGUGAGGCCUGCGGCAAGUGUCAGUUUGGGGCUAUCUGUGAAACAGCAACAGGAAAGUGUGUGUGCUCGACAGAGUGUGUACCUUCCAAGCAGCCAGUAUGUGGAACAGAUGGCAUCACCUACCCAAACGAGUGUGAGCUCCAUGUGCACGCUUGUACCCAGAAGAGGGACAUCCAGGUGGCAGCACAGGGCGAAUGUAGGACCUGUGGUGGUACACUCUGCUCCUUCGGUGCCAACUGUGUUGACAAUCGUUGCUUAUGCCCCCACUGUGAGCAUCAACCUUUCUCCCCAGUGUGUGGCAGUGAUGGCAUCACAUAUGACAACUUGUGUGAAAUGCAAGUCACCUCUUGCCAGCUGAAGAAGACAAUUGAGGUUGCCAAAGCAGGCCGCUGUGAUGAAGAUUGUGGCUCUGGUGGUUCCGGAUCAGGAGAAGACAGUUCCUGUGAACAGGAGCGCUGCAAACGUUUUGGGGGCUCUUGGGAUGAGGACACAGAAGAUGACCGUUGCAUCUGUGAAUUCUUAUGCGACAACGUUCCACGAAAUCAACUCUGUGGAACUGACAGAAGGACAUACAGCAAUGAAUGUGAGGUAAAGAAAACCCGCUGUGAGAAAAAAGAAGACAUCCAGGUCCUGAGUCAAGGGCCAUGUGGAGCUGCACCUGUUACAUCAGCGCCGACAGCCAUGACUCAGCAUUGCAGUCAGACAGUCUAUGGAUGUUGUUCAGACAAUGUGACGGCAGCUCUUGGAGUAGGACUGGCAGGCUGCCCCAGCACCUGCUUGUGUAACAAGUAUGGCUCAUAUGGUGGAACAUGUGACCCAACAACUGGUCAGUGUUCUUGCAAGCCAGGAGUUGGAGGCCUAAAGUGUGACCGCUGUGAGCCCAGCUUCUGGAAUUUCCGGGGGAUCGUCACAGAGAAUGAGAGUGGCUGCACACCCUGCAGUUGUGACCCUGUUGGAUCUGUGCGGGAUGACUGUGAACAGAUGACCGGCCUCUGCUCCUGUAAGUCUGGAGUAACAGGAAUGAAGUGCAACCUUUGUGCAGAUGGCAGCAAGAUGGGAGCAAAUGGCUGUGACAAAGGUCCUGCUCCACCAAAAUCUUGUGCCAUGCUGAAAUGUCAGUUUGGUGCUAUGUGCCAAGAAACUAAUGGCACUGCACAGUGCAAAUGCCCAUCAAUUGAAUGCACUGAUAAGAACAGAACAAAGGUAUGUGGUUCAGACGGUGUUACCUAUGCAGACCAGUGCCAACUAAAGGCCAUCGCCUGCCGCCAGGGCAUGGAUAUCACCAUUAAACAUCUAGGGCAGUGCCAAGAAACCAUCCCUCAUGCUGCGCAGACCACCGGUCCUCUGCCCACUCAUCCUCCCACCCGUGCUGCCACCACCACCCCGUCGCUCAGCAGUGAGAACAAUGAAGAUGAACCAGUGACUGAAUCCUCUCUGUCUGAAGUGGAGGCUCCUGCACCUGCCCGCACUCAUCAAGCUACCACUCCACCCCCUGCUCACCUGAACACUCCGACCCCUGGCAGCACAUCCCCCACCACCCCAUCUCCAAGCUUACCCUUCGAGGAAUCGGGCAGUGGAGAAUCCAGUGGGGUAGAUGACCUGGAAGCUAGCGGGGAGGCUAGCGGAUUCGAGCCAAUGGAGCCAACAAAAGCUGUAAGCACAUUAACACCCAUCACUCUGGCAGAGAGGUCCUCCUGUGACAACACUGUCUUUGGAUGCUGUCCAGAUGGCAAGACAGCUGCCAGCGAUGCAGAAGGGAGCAACUGUCCACCAACAAAGGAGUUUCAAGGAGUUCUGAUUCUGGAGGAGAUCGAAGGACAGGAAGUGUUUUACACUCCGGAGAUGGCAGACCCCAAGUCUGAACUUUUUGGUGAAACAGCUCGGAGCAUCGAAAGUGCGCUGACUGAUCUGUUCCGGAAUUCAGAUGUGGAAAAGGACUUUUUAAGUGUGCGAGUCCGAGAUCUUGGCCCAAGUGGUUCCAUCCGCACAACAAUAGAGACCCAUUUUGACCCAGCUACUACAUACACUGCUCAGAACGUGCAGAAGGCACUCCUCAAACAGCUCAAGACUACGAACAAGAAGGCGAUCUCAGUGAAGAAGCCAGAGCAGGAUCAUAUCCGAAUAAUGGACUUUGAUUGGGUCCCUACGCCAUUUGUUACUACCACUACCACCACAACAGCAGCCACUACUGUCCCACCAACCACAAUGCGUGUGACUCUGCCAGCUUCUGUUACAAACAUUGCCACCACUCGAUGGAGGCUCACUACUACCCCUCGUGCCAACACCCGCAGGCCACCUAACAGAAAGCUUCCUGUAGCAGUCUUAACCACAGAAGCCCUGAUGACCACCACACCCCCUACAACGACGACCAGCAUAAGCUCCAGGAGGCCAGCCAAGCCCUGCAGUUCCCAUCCAUGCCAGCAUGGGGGCACCUGUGAGAAUAUUGGAAAAGAUUUCACAUGCAUCUGCCCAGCAGGACGAGGAGGGGCAGUCUGCGAGAAAUUGGUUAAAUAUUAUAUACCUGCAUUUGGAGGAAAGUCUUACCUGGCUUUUAAAAUGAUGAAAGCUUAUCACACAGUGCGCAUUGCCAUGGAGUUCCGCUCAUCAGAAGCAAACGGCCUGCUUCUUUACAAUGGACAGAAUCAAGGGAAGGAUUUCAUCUCUUUGACUCUUGUCAAUAACUUUGUGGAGCUCAGAUUUAACACCGGCUCUGGGACAGGCAUCAUUACCAGCAAACAGCGGAUCGAACCAGGAAAAUGGCACCAAGUGGUAGUGAAUCGCAACAGACGCACUGGCAUGCUCUCUGUGGAUGGUGAGCCACUUGUGAGUGGAGAAAGCCCCACAGGAACAGAUGGACUCAAUCUGGACACUGACCUGUUUAUUGGAGGAGCACCAGAUGACCAGAUGGCUGUUGUAACGGAGAGGACUUCAUCUACUUCUGGCCUUGUGGGCUGCAUUCGUAUGCUGGAUGUCAAUAAUCAGCUCUACAACCUGCAAGAGAAAGGCGAAGAUGUGCUGUAUGGCACUGGGGUGGGAGAGUGUGGCAACAAUCCCUGCCAUCCUAACCCUUGCAAGAAUGGUGCAAAGUGCCAAGUGAAGGAAGCUGAGAUGUUCCACUGCCAGUGUGUCAAUGGCUUUGUAGGUGCAACCUGCGCCGAUGAACACAACCCAUGUGAGCCAAGUAAAUGCCAUCUAUCCUCAGAGUGCGUAGUCUUACCAGAAGGGGGCUACAAAUGUGAAUGUCCAAUGGGUAGAGAAGGAAGACAUUGUGAGAAAGAAAUGCCACACGACAGUACAAAAGCUUUCAUCCCACAGUUCACUGGGGACUCGUUCUUAGAGCUGAAAGGGAUGCAGACAUACGGAGUGGAACUGCGGGAAAAGCUUAUCGUGACAGUGACAUUUCUGGCCAAAGACCUUACUGGAAUGAUUUUCUACAAUGGGCAGAAAACCGAUGGCAAGGGUGACUUCAUUUCACUGGCACUCAAUGAUGGAAUUCUGGAAUUUAGAUAUGACCUUGGAAAAGGACCAGCCGUCAUCAGGAGUAAAGAGAAGAUUAAACCAAAUGUCUGGAAUGCUGUGACUGUAGAGCGCAGCGGACGAAAAGGGGAGAUAAAAGUCAACAACAGAAUCCAAGCCAAGGGAGAAUCACCGAAAUCACGCAAGGACCAGCACACCGAGCUGAAUCUGAAAGAACCUCUCUAUGUUGGCGGAGCUCCUGACUUCAGCAAACUGGCCCGGGCUGCUUCCAUUAACACGGGCUUUACUGGAGCCGUCCAAGAGAUUAAAUUAAAUGGUGUUGCAGUUCUGAAAGAAUCCAAUGCCAAGAAGUCCAUAGAUGUGUCCAUCUAUGAGGGCCAUAGCUGCUCCAGAAGUCCAAGUGUUUGCCUUAAUGGAGGAGAAUGUUUGCCAAAACUCCAUGAUUAUGAGUGCCGAUGCCAGCAUGGAUUCCUGGGCAAACAUUGUGAAAAUGCAAUCAUUGAGAAGUCAGCAGGAGACGCAGAAGCCCUAGCAUUUGAUGGCCACACAUUUAUCGAGUACCAAAAUGGGGUGUCAAAAAGCCAACUGACCAAUGAGAUCCCAGAUCCUGAGUUGGCCAACGGUCCCUCAGAUCAUAGUGAAAAAGCCCUGCUUGUGAAUGCGUUUGAGAUCAGCAUCAAGACGGAAGCCACUCAAGGGCUCAUCCUAUGGAGCGGCAAGGGAGUGGAACGAUCAGACUACAUUGCUUUGGCCAUAGUGGAUGGACAUGUACAGAUGACCUAUGACCUUGGGUCUAAGCCAGUAGUUCUGAGGUCUACCAUUCCAGUCAACACAAAUAAAUGGAUACGGAUCAAAGCCACCAGGGAACUGAGGGACGGCUCACUGCAGGUGGGAAAUGAAGCCCCUGUCACUGGAUCGUCCCCUCUUGCUUCAACCCAGUUGGACACAGAUGGAGCCCUUUGGCUGGGUGGUCUUGAACGACUGUCCAUCGCUCGCAAGCUACCCAAAGCCUACAGCACAGGAUUUAUUGGCUGCAUUAAGGAUGUAAAAGUGGACAACCAGGAACUGCACCUCGUUGGGGACGCCUUAAACAAUCCCAAAAUAUUACACUGUUCAGCCAAAUAAUACCUGGCAUCACCCACGUGUCUACUGCUAAUUUCACUCUACUUCAUCCUGAGUGAUCCUACCGUUUGGAGGAGUGCCAUCCACCAGAUCCCCAGUGUGCAGUUGUUCAGCUUUUAUCGCCAUACUUGAAGGGUUCACAGUGACACUGGUGCUGGCGUCUUAUUACUGCCUUUUGAAUUUUUUUUCUCUGCCUUGCCAUCUCAUUCACCUACAAGCCCCAGGUACCUGUAGAGACAGCGACUUGGUUCCAGUAAGGAAUUGCUGAAAAGGACCCAACACAAAUCAGAGUUGGUUUUUUUUUGUUUGAUGUUUUUUUUUUUUAACUAAGCCGUAUAACAAAAAUGAACGAAAACCAUGGAUCUGUGACUUUUCAUUCCUAGCUGCUCACAUUCUUUUCUGUGAGAUAAACCCCUCUACUGACGUAGGCCAAGACAUCCACUUUCGGGAAGGACUUUCUUGAAUACAAACUAAACGUCCCCCACCUCCCCAAGUCACGCAAACUCGGCUCAGGAGGAGGAGCGCAUGAAUCAGAUGGGUGGAUGUCUCAUAAUAUCUAAUGCAGGAAGAGAACAAAUGCAAGCACUGUAUGUGACGUUUUGCCCAUUUACAGCUUUCCGCCAACUCCUGUUUUGCCAAACCCUGGGCACAGGCUGCUCUGGCCCCAUUCCUGUUUAUAAAAAUCAAACUUGACAAUGUGAAUGAUGAUUGCAGGGUGAGGAACUGGAUACAAACAAGACGAGCAGGCCUAGCUAUCUCGCUACCUGUCGGUCUGCCUCAACCUCUCCUUCUGUGCUUCAUCCCAGGAGAGAUGGCAUUUAAAACAGCAAGAUGUGGCUACUCUGUCCCCGUGGACUCUCAAGCGUCACUGUCUCAGCCAAGAGAGGAUGAUGGGACACAUUUGUUAAGGUGUGUGUGUGUGUGUGUGUGUGGGUGUGUGUACGUAUGUAUGUAGACGAGGGCAAACCAAGAGGCAUUGGCCCUGACUGCUGUAAUGAGUGAACGGGGGGCGCUACUUGGUUGGGUGGGGUGGGGGACGUUUGGGGUAACAGUCUGGAACGAGACUCCUCGAAGAGCAACGUUCUCUCCUUGGCCUACUGAGGGAGUUUGCUAUAGUUGUGUAUUAAAACAAGCUGUGAAUACGUGUCACAUUCCAGGCAGUUACCGAUGAGCCAUCCUGAGGGGUGGAGGACACAUUUAAAAAAAAGAAAGAAACUCACGGUAAUGAAACUGUGCAGACGAGGAGAGUCUUUCUCAUUUUGCCAACUAUAUUGAAAUGUAUGUUUGAUUUUUUUUCUAGGAGGUACGUAACUCUGCUACUGUGUGUUUAACCCUGCAUGGCGCUUUGUUCUAAAAGGACUUGAACCGGGCAAACAAGUUGCUAUUUGCAGAAUAUAGCAAUACAUUUUCUAACAAAAAUCCGCAGCCUUUGGAAGCAGAGGGACUGCACGGUUGAGCUGUACUCUGUGUGCAUGGUGAGCGGCAGGCAUGCCACUGGUUCCUUUUGGUUUUCCAUCGUGUUCUUCACUUGUUUCUGUUACUACACUGCCUUAAUGUUUUUAGAAUCGCGACCCCACACCAUCACAUAUUUCUCUGCACUUAAUUCCCAUUGGAAACAACGUAAGUAACAAGUCAACUGGCAUCCACCAGUUAGGAGUUUACGGCCCCCAGACAGCAGUGACCAGUAUGUGUUGUCUAUCAGCAUUGAACCCACAGCCCACAUUUAAAGAAUGCCAGCUAUGUGACGAGCACCCUGAUUGUUAGGUGCCACCUUCUUUAGAUUUGCCCCUUUUCAAAAUUGACCGCUUUGUUUAAGUGCUCCCGCUGAUUAGCUGUUCAUAUAUUUAAAGGAACCUGGCCAGGAUGGUUGUUUCCACAAAAAUAUUAACAAAUGUUCUUAAUAUAAAUAUGCAUAGAGAGACUGAUUAAUAUGUUUGGUCAAACGUAAUGGUCAACUAUAAUGUCCUAACUGGAGUGCAGUGUAAAUGGGGCAUUCAAAUCCAUUAAUGUAGUCGGUGGCACAUUUGAGGACAACCUAAUUCUGAAAUCAGGGGAAGGCCUAUAAAGACUUGGGAACAGCAGACCACAGUGACCCCAGACACUCAUGUCAGCUUCUAGGCAAGCCGCCCUUGUGCCCGAGACCCCCCAGUUGGCCGUAGUUUUCUUAAUCCAUUAGGACACCUCAACACCUUCUUGGUUAUCUGGACACAGAGUGGGUGUCAUGACUCCCACCGGCCCAUAUUGCUGUCCAGUCAAUACACGUUGGUUCUUCUCUCUGUGUCUGUGUGUCCUUGUCCCAUUUGUAAAUCUCAUGGCCCUCCUUCCCCUGGUAACCCUUUAUAACAAUAUAUGUGCCACUACUUGGCUGUUAAUAUAGAAACAUUAGGGGCACAGGACUGUAUUUAGAGAUAAGCCUGUUCAGGACCGUCUGUGGCACUGCCAGAUACCUCCACAUACAGCAGCCAGCUUUAGUGAUUGGGCUACUGUGGGCACAAACCCUGUGCUAAUGGAUGUCCCCCAUUUUCAUAUUUUAACUGAGGCAGACAUCUUAAACUCCACAAACAGACUCAUCACUGACCCCACUUGCAUGUGCUUGUAGAGAUGAUCUUUGAAGGACUUACCUUGGAAUGAGACCCACUGCCCAGGUUCAAGGACAUCCUUCUUUUCUAUCUGAGAAGGUUUAAUCUUCAAAACUCAGUCAGAGCCUCCAAGCAGACAUACCCCCAGUGUGUCGUCUUUGGACUGUGUGCCUCUUCCAAAUACUGACCUGUGAAAUCUCACCAUCUUCAGCUCAAGGGCUCCAUAGCAUAGGACGUGUUGUGUGACUACAAUCAAAAAAAGAAAACCAGAAGAUCAUUUGGAUUGUGCUUACUAAGACAUAACAUUAGCAUUAGAGAAGAUCCCCACACCUCACUGCUUUGGAGAACUCUUAGAUGGAUAUGGAAUGACAGCACCUCUGUUAAAGAUCCCUUUUCUUACACUCCGGGUCUUAUUCUUAUGCUGCACUCAGACUUUUAAGACAUCCGGACGGUUGAUCCAAGUUUGUCUUCAAACUGACCAAACCAAUUGGGAGAUGAUUUGAAUCAGAAUGGCCAGUCAGUCCCCCCCUACUUUUGUUUGUAAAGCAAUAGAGGGCACUUGUGACCCCACGAGCACGACAAGAUCACGCUGUCCUAUCAGGGCCAGCGGACACUCUCACGUUAGCGCCACGUGGCAUCAAUGGCCAGGCUGGGGUGUUCUAAUAACAAGUCAUUUUUCUCUUUUGUACCCUCAUUUUGGUUUUAUUUAUGUUUUCAUCACAUGGUUUGUAGGUUUGGCCUUUGUAAACUGCUGUAUUGAGUACCCGAAGGACAGUGCACAGUAUAUGAGCAGCAUGACGUAACCAUUACUAACUUUAUUACUCGUGUCUUUUGUCAAAUCACCAUGGAUUAAAGUGUAAAAACCUACA